AUGCCGACCUUCGAGCGUCGCAGCAGCUGGCCGACGCGUUCUGGACCCACUUGGCUACGAGAGUACCUUCCCGAGCUCCGCAACCGGCGGGAGCCCCGCAGCAAGGGACCAGAGCUACACAUCGGCGACAUCGUGCGCAUCGUGGACGGGACGCUCCCACAGAAAACACACUUGGUGAACCCGACUGCGCAGCCUGAAGUGCCAACGAUUGAAGCCGCAUCGUGGCAACGAACUCAACAAGCUACGCAGCCGCCGCCUGUAAUCGCCGCACGGAGCGACGAACACCGCGCUACGAAGCAACCGCCGCCCGUCGUAGCAGCCUGGCUACGAGACAACUCAGCUUCGCAGCAACCGCAAUCAACGCCGAACCCGCAACAAGUGCAAGACGGCGCGUUGGUCGCAUCGCGACCGAGGACGGAGUAUCCAGAACUCGCUGUGCAAGCCGCACAGCAUAGGCAACCUUUAAGGAACAAACAACACACAUGCAAGCCGAAGAAAUGCGACAUCAACGGGUGCGAGUAUCUACAUCACCGCUUGCUGCACUCGGAGCGAAAAAAUAAGAUCACCGACGCACCCGGCGAAGCAGUGAACGAGGCAGUGAACUCAACAUGGAUGCCACAGAUCCUCAUCGACGACGAACUCGCUCGAGAUAUCGGCGCGGAAGGACCGGACGAACCACUCCACAUAGCAACGUACGACGGGGAGAGGAAGACACGCAACAAUUCUCGGCGCGUCAAGUUUAAUAUUGAAGGAAGCCAGGGACGACUUCGCAUCGAAGCACGCACCGUCGACAAUCUCCAGUUGGCGGCGCAGCGCAUCCCGGACGAGGCGAUACGGGAUUGCGGACACCUGAAGGGCCUACUGUCCGCUAAACGAGCGGAAGAGGCGAAACCCCGAAUCCUCAUAGGCCAGGAUAACUGGCAUCUCCUCCUCGCCACGAAAACACGAACCCCGCAGGCCCAAGAACGACCCCGGCGAGAAGGCGCUCAAGAUACUGAACGAACAUACGGAGAGAUCGCCGGGGGAAGAUAUCAGACGGCCCUGUUGUGGAAAUCGGACAGCGUGGAAUUGCCGAACAACUACGAAAACACGCUGAAAAGGCUGCACAACAUAGAAAACAAGUUGGACAAGAAUCCCGACCUUAAAGAAAGGUAUGAAGAGCACAUGGAGGCCCUAGUCAAGAAGGGCUACGCGGAAAUAGCGCCACGCGCGUCCCACACCACAAGGACGUGGUACUUGCCGCAUUUCGCAGUCGUAAACGCUCUAAAGCCCGACAAAUUGCGAGUUGUACACGACGCAGCAGCCAAAACAAAAGGUACGACUUUGAAUGAGAAUCUAUUAACAGGGCCGGAUUUGUUACAGCCUCUUCCCGCAGUGUUAUUAAGAUUCCGGGAACAUCCCGUCGCUGUAACAGCGGACAUCACGGAGAUGUUCAUGCAGGUGGGACUACGCGAGGAAGAUCGCGACGCACUGCGCUACCUCUGGCGGGGAAACCGCCGAGAUAGCCGGCCGCCAGAGGUGUACCGAAUGAAGGUAUUAAUCUUUGGCGCAUCGUGCUCUCCUGCGACGGCGAUAUACGUCAUGAAUCGCAACGCGGAGAGACACCGACACACGCAUCCUGAGGCUGUCGAGGCGAUCAAGAAGAAACACUACAUGGACGACUACCUCGACAGCUAUGAAGAUGAACACAGGGCGAUAACAAUCGCUACUCAGGUGCGUAACAUACACAGAGAAGCUCAUUUUGAAUUAAGAAAGUGGACGAGUAACUCGCCCGCGGUAUUGAAGGCGCUCGGCGAAUCGCCCAAUACAACCGAAGCGGUGGAAAUAGAAAGGACUGAACGAGUUCUAGGCCUUAUUUGGAGGCCACAAGAAGACAGGUUGGCAUUCAACCUAGACUUAGCCCGCAUACCGUCGAACCUACUGAGGCGAGAAGCACCCACGAAGAGAGAAGCAUUGAAAAUAGUAAUGUCGUUGUUUGAUCCUCUAGGGUUGGUGUCGCCGAUAACUGUGCGGGCUAAACAGCUAUUACAGGAGGUGUGGCGACGCGGCACCGAUUGGGACGACCCGAUCGACGACGAACUGUCCGCCGCCUGGGUGAACUGGCUCACCCAUUUGAAGCAACUCAGCGGCGUAACAGUGCCGCGCUGCUAUCCCGGCUACUCCCGAGCGAGAAAACUCCAACUCCACGUGUUCACCGACGCCAGCGAGUCAGCCUACGCGACCGCGCUCUACUGGCGCGCCGAGGACGACGACGGACGAGUCACAGUCACGUUACUGGCGGCCAAGGCAAAGGUAGCUCCACUCAAAUUAACCUCCAUACCACGGCUUGAACUACAGGCAGCUGUACUCGGCGCACGGAUGGCUGCGAGUGUGACACAGGAGCACUCCAGGCAGCCAGAAUCCACGACCUACUGGACCGACAGCAAGACAACACUGUGCUGGAUCAGGACGGGAGCCAGGUCGUACAAGCCCUACGUAGCGCAUCGAAUCGCCGCGAUAGAAGAACACACACAGGCGAAUCAAUGGAGAUGGGUGCCUACGCGCUACAACGUUGCCGACGACGCUACGCGCGACGUUCCCGACAACUUCACGCGGGAACACAGGUGGUUCAACGGACCAGAGUUCCUCCGCGACCCACCCGAACUAUGGCCUGCGGAGGAAACACAGCUGAGCACCGACACGGGUGAGGAAAGAGUGAACACUGUUACAGAGCGUCGGGAGAAACAGUACAAGGAGGUCCUGCCCGACGUGAAUCGAUUCUCAAAUUGGAAUCGCUACGUUAGAGCUGCCGCCCGCGUACUACAAGCAGUACAACGCUUCAAACAACGCGUCAACACGGUCCAUUACAAGAGGACCAAGGCGGCCGCAAGCGAGAAUCCGGAUUGGAGGCGCAACGAAGCCGCGAAAAAUGCGGCGAAACGAGUCGUACAAGCACCGGAGGAGCGAUUUGUGACGCUCCCAGCCGAGUUGCAAGAAGAGGCCGAGCGCAUAAUCAUAAAGGCGAGUCAGGAGGCCGCCUUCGAGGAAGAACUACGCUCGCUCGAAAAGGAAAACCCCAGAAUUUCAGCCGCCGCGGGAGUAAGCGCCGCAACAAAGAACCCUCCGAUCGUCGAUGGCGAACAUCGGGCGACGAAACUGUGGGUGGAACAUGUCCACACACAACUCCACCAUGCAGGCGUGGAGAGCGUCGUCAAUUACUGUCGGCAGCACAAAUGGGUCAUUCGACUGCGCCCGACGGUCAAGGCGGUGGUCAGGAGCUGCUUCAAGUGCCGCCAGAGGGCGGCCACUCCACCGCAACCGAUAACGGGAGACUUGCCUCCCUGUCGACUGGCGCAUCAUCACCGGCCGUUUACAUACACCGGUUUGGACUAUUUCGGCCCGCUCACAGUCACCGUGGGCCGGAGUAAUCAAAAAAGGUAUGUCGCUCUCUUCACAUGCCUAACAGUGCGGGCGGUGCAUCUCGAAGUGGUGCACUCCCUGAGCACACAAGGGGCGAUCAUGGCUCUGCGGCGCAUGACAGCGCGCCGCGGGAGCCCCGCCGAGAUCUGGUCCGACAACGGGACCAACUUCCACGGCGCAGAAAAGGAGCUGCGCAACACCCUCCUCGCUGGCGCCGAACAAGAGGCGUCGCGGAGGGCGAUUAGAUGGCGUUUCAUCCCUCCGGGCGCACCAUUCAUGGGUGGCGCCUGGGAACGACUCGUGCGGUCGGUCAAGACCGCGCUGACGACGGUGCUUCACGAGCAGAGGCCACAUGAAGAGACGCUGUCGACACUACUCGCCGAGGUGGAGUUCACAGUCAACAGCCGCCCACUGACUCAUGUGUCGGUGAACCCCGAAGAUCCGGAGGCCCUGACGCCUAACCACUUUCUGUUGGGCUGUCAGGGCCCACUCGCCGCACCUAAUUUUCCAGCCGAACACGGCUACGGCACACAUGCCGACCUUCGAGCGUCGCAGCAGCUGGCCGACGCGUUCUGGACCCGCUGGCUACGAGAGUACCUUCCCGAGCUCCGCAACCGGCGGGAGCCCCGCAGCAAGGGACCAGAGCUACACAUCGGCGACAUCGUGCGCAUCGUGGACGGGACGCUCCCACGAAACACUUGGGUGCGUGGCCGCAUCUGUGCUACGCAUCCGGGACCUGACGGCGUGACGCGCACGGUGGACGUAGCCACGCAGGAGGCGUGCUACGACGCCCCGUGA